AUGUUAAAUCUGAGACAAAUCUUUGGAGGGAAUGUCGCUUUAAACGAAAGCUUCACAGCAGAAGAUUUUGCGAACAAACGAAAGCCCAAAAGAUGGUCAGGGCCCUGCGAGGUUUUGCAUCGGAGGAUCAUGUGGAAGUUUAUUAUAGUGUUGUAUUUUAUAUCGUUUGGAUCAAGAGGAACAUCAAUGGCUAGGCUGACAGUAUGGAAGAUGCAUAAAGAAGAUAUAGGACAAGGGUUUGCUUCUCAUAACAAGCUCCAAAGAGGUCGAGUUUCAGCUUCACAACCUUCGCAAUGCCACCAUAGACUAAGCCCUCUUUCCCAUUCAAAGGUUUAUUCUUCCGAAAGUUAUGUUGCUUGCCCUUGA